AUGGCAUCAAAAUCAAGGAAGGAGAUAGUGAGGCUAUAUGCAUCAGAUGAAGUGAUCAUUGCUAGCACUACGAUGCUAGCCAUGGCGUACUCGCGCGAAGGGAACUGGGAUCAGACCGAGCAGCUUUAUAUGCAGGUGAUAGAGUCUCUCAAGACGAAGCUUGGCGAGGACCAUCCCAACACGCUGGCGAGUAUAGGCAACCUAGCAUUGGUGUACCUUGCCCAGGGCCGGUGGCAACAGGCCGAGCAGCUCCAAGUGCAAGUGAUGCAGGCUCGCAAGACGAAGGUUGGCGAGGAUCACCCUGACACGCUGGCGAGUAUGGGCAACCUAGCAUCGACGUAUCGGAACCAGGGCCGGUGGCAGCAGGCCGAACAGCUCCAAGUGCAAGUGAUACAGGCUUGCAAGACGAAGCUUGGCGAGGACCACCCCGACACGCUGGCGAGUAUGGGUAACCUAGCAUCAACGUACUAUAGCCAGGGCCGGUGGCAGCAGACCGAGCAGCUCCAAGUGCAGGUGAUGGAAACCCACAAGACGAAGCUUGGCGAGGAUCACCUCAUUACGCUAACGAGUAUGGGCAAUCUCGCUAUCACCUGGAAAGACUUUAGGCCAGGACACCAAAGCCAUCUAUCUGCUACGAGAUUGCUCAAGCAAGCUGGAGCAAACAAUCGGCCUGAAUCAUCCGUUAACUUUGUCUUGUUCUGA